ACACGGGUGGGUUGAAACUGCACGGGUUCUAAAAGGCUAGGGUUUAUACACUCUCACACAGAGCUUCUGACCCUUGAAAUCAUCAAAUUCUGGGAUUUUAACGAAAAGGUUAGAGUUCAUCAAUGGAAGCUGACAGGUUAAAUUCUCCUCAUACUUCAGCUAUUAUAUUGGAUGUGUUGGGGCAUCAGCUGCAUUUUUCACAGGAUCCAAAUUCCAAACAUCUUGGAACUACUGUUUGGGAUGCAUCAAUGGUAUUGGUCAAAUAUCUGGAGAAGAAUUGCAGGAAGGGGAAGUUUUGCCCUUCUAAGCUCAAAGGGAAACGAGUUGUUGAACUUGGAGCAGGUUGUGGAGUAGCUGGAUUUGGCAUGUCACUGUUGGGAUGUGAUGUAAUUUCUACAGAUCAAACUGAGGUCUUGCCCUUGCUGAUGAGAAAUGUUGAGCGAAACACUUCCCGGAUUAUGCAAAAAAAUCCAGAUACAGUUCCUGUAGGUUCUAUCAACGUUGCAGAGCUGGACUGGGGAAAUGAAGAUCAUAUAAAGGCCAUUGAUCCACCAUUUGACUUCAUUAUUGGCACUGAUGUUGUUUACGCUGAGCAUCUCUUGGAGCCGCUUCUGCAAACAAUUCUUGCUCUCUCAGGACCGAAAACUUCUAUCUUGAUUGGAUAUGAGGUUCGUUCUACAAGUGUCCACGAACAAAUGCUUCUAAUGUGGAAAAAGAACUUUGUAGUGAAAACUGUUCCAAGAGCCAAGAUGGAUAGCAAUUACCAGCAUCCCAGUAUCCAACUCUUCAUUAUGAGCUUAAAGCCGACAGAGAGAUGCAAGACGAUACAAGAAAUGGAUCAGCAAGUUGAGGAGAUAGAAAAUGGAGAAAGCAGUCAAGAAAAGGAUCAAGAUGAUGUUGGUAGCAGUGGGGUACAUGAAGUGGAUAAUGACAAGGAUGGAGUGAAAAGUGAUCUACUUGUAGGUCUCCAGAGUGGGCAGCUUAGUGAAUGGGAAGCAAGAAGAUAUGGGUCCAUGGCAGCUCGGCUUCUUCGAGAUGUAAAGAUUCCAUAAAUUAACCAGUUCAGGUAUAUCCCUUGAAUGUUGGACCUACUUGUGAUCGAUGCUAAGCAAAUCUGCAACCAGAUGUGUUCUACAAAACAUGUAACCAGCCUAAAGUAUCUUCUCCUUGGCUGCUUCAAGUGCUUGUUCAGUUUGUAUCACUAGUCUCCCAUGGUUGCUCCUAUAAAUUGAAUGGUCUUGUUGCCAUAACUUUGGUUGUAUGGCGCAGAAGCUGUUUUUAUAAGAGACUUGAAUAUAAUCCUUCAUUAAACACUAUCCAACUUCCAAUAUAUCAUGAGAAUCAUGUUUGUCAUAUUUGUACAAGACUAUCAGAGAAUUGUUUUAUAUGGUUAAUUAUUUCAGGAUUUUGGUUUGA